AUGGCCAGAGUUUCCCAUCUUUUGCUACUCUUCUCUGUCUUGUCUAUUGCUUGGACAGCCAUGUCUGCAGCCACUGCUCCAGGCAGUAGCACCACAAAUUUCAUCAAGGCCUCGUGCAGCACCACUACCUAUCCUGCCGUAUGUGUCCAAUCCCUCUCACCCUACGCCUCAGAGAUCAAACAAAACCCACUCCAACUGGCUCAGACCGCCUUGUCCGUGAGCCUAGCCAGGGCUCAAUCCACCAAGACAUUUGUGUCGAAUAUGACAAAGUUCAAGGGAUUGAAGACUAGGGAGUACGAAGCCAUUGAAGAUUGCUUGGAUGAGAUUGGUGAUAGCGUGGACAGGCUUAGCCGUUCGGUCCAAGAGCUCAAGGACAUUGGUGAAGCCAAGGGUCAGGACUUUGUGUGGCACAUGAGCAAUGUCGAUACGUGGCUCAGUGCAGCACUCACCGAUGAGAACACUUGCGUUGAUGGGUUCGCAGGCAGAGCAUUGGAUGGCAAAAUCAAGACUUCCAUUAAGGCACGCGUUGCCAAUGUGGCACAAGUCACCAGCAAUGCACUAGCACUAGUAAAUCACUAUGCCUCAAAGCACUGA